AUGGGUCAGCUUGCAACAAUGGCAGUCAUGUCUUCGCUUGCCUCCAGCGUGUGGACCCAAUCAUUUGCCGGCCUUGGCCUUUUGCUUUUGACGAAGCUCGUCUGGGAUGUUUUCUUCUCACCCUUGAAGACCAUUCCUGGUCCAAUUCUGGCCAAAAUCACCGAUGCUUGGCGGGCAAUUCACACGCAUCGUGGCCGUGUUGAUUUGAAACAUCUUGAACUCCACCGCAAAUAUGGAACAGCAGUGGCAAUUGGGCCUAAUUGCGUGAGCAUCUCUGAUCCAGGCCUUAUUCGGACGAUCUACUCCACACGUAACCCAUGGAAGAAGAGUGAUAUGUACCGACCUAACGAUGUGCUCAUUGAAGGUCAUCGUCUUAGUAACCUUUUCAACUCACAAGAUGAGGAAUGGCAUAGCCAGAACAUUCGCCCUAUUCGCGGUCUCUGGAGCAUGACCAAGGUUCUCGAGUAUGAGCCUCUCAUUGACGAGACUAUCAUCAAGUUCGUGGACAAGCUUGCCGAGAAGUUUGUAGAUGGCAAGAACGCUGGUACCAGCUGCCCAGCUGACGAAUGGAUUGGAUACUUUGCCUGGGAUGUCACUGCGAACUUUAGUUUCGGCCGUCACUACGGAUUCAUUGAUCAAGAAAAGGAUGUGGACAACCUGAUCACCGACUCUACAGCUGGUCUAAUCUACUUUGCUUCGGUCUCCCAAAUCCCUUGGAUCGAUAACCUGCUCGACAAGAACCCAAUCAAGCGAAUUGGACCUAAGCCCACUCUCACUGGCGUGCUCUAUGCCUUCAAAGUUGUUGCAGAGUAUCAAGCACAGCUCGCUGAGAAAAAGGUCUCUGCCGGCUCUGUGGAUCACACCUUGGACAAAUAUGUGCAGCUCAAGGAGACAUACCCGGACAUGGUCAACGAUCAGCAAAUCGUGAACUGGCUGAUGCUGAGUAUUCUGGCUGGUGGCGAUACCAGUUCUUCUACCAUGCGUGCUAUUCUGUAUUAUCUGGCCAAGUCCCCCUCCACAUCAUCGAAGCUCGCCGCCGAGCUACAAGCCGCCUCUCUCCCCACCCCGGCGCCUUGGAAAUCAAUCCGAGACCUCCCUUAUCUAGACGCAGUUAUCCGCGAAUCGAUGCGCGUGAGCCCCGGCGUUUCCCUGAUCAUGGAGCGUGUUGUCCCAGAGGGUGGAUUCACCAUGCCAGAUGGACGCUAUAUCCCUGCUGGCACUAAGGUUGGGUGCAACCCCUUCGUGACCAACCGGGACUAUGGCGUCUUUGGGGAUGAUGCGGACACUUUCAAUCCGGACCGCUGGCUGCAGGGUAAGAAUGAAAGCGCUGAGCAGUUUGAGGCUCGUUCGCGGCGUAUGAAGGAUACCGUUGACUUUGUCUUCGGUGGUGGUGGUCGGAUCUGCAUGGGUCGGUAUUUGGCCAUGCUGGAGAUCAAGAAGCUGAUCGCAACGCUUUAUAGUCUCUUCGAUAUUCAACUAGUUGAUCCGAAGCACGAGUGGAAGUAUCGUAAUGCCUGGUUUGUCUACCAGUGCGACAUGCCAAUGAUCAUCAAGCGUCGUGCGUAG